UUAACCAUUGAUAAGAAACGGAUAAGCUCAGUGUCUGAAAGUCGUUGUUACUCGACGCUAAAUAUCUACAGAUUAUUAAAGUAGGUACACACUACAGACUACACAGUACACAGUUAACACUACACACACUACUCAACAGUUACCAUUGUAUAUUUGUACGUGAUCCGAGGUUGAUUGCAUCGCUUAUUACGAUUUACGGUGCAAUAUCUUACAGGAUAGUAAGUUUUGUUCUAAAGUUUAUUGAACAGCAAUAAUUUAUUGUAAAGAAGUACCUAUAGGUACAUAUAAGUCUGUAAUUUAAUGUCAUGUUGUAACUUGAAACCUAUUAAUUUUUUUUUUUUAAAAACUACUUUCGUUAUGUCUCUUUUAUUUAAUGUGAGACUAGUUAAAUGCAUAAAAAGAAUUUUUCCCGUUGUUAAACAUAAUAUAUUGAUUAAUAAUAAUAAUAUUAGAGCAAUAGCGUUUCCUAAUUCAAAACAAAGUGUGCUAACUUCUUUAAGAUACAUUUUAUCAAAUAGUACAAAUACAGCAAAAUCAACAUUUUUUGGAUUUUCAUUACUUGGUUUGAUUGGACUUGACGAGAGCGAAAAAGAUCGCGAAUUAAUCUAUACCAUUAAAAAAGGCCUGUUGUACUUACAAAAUGACGAUUACAAUAGUUUUGAACAAACAUUACAUGAGGCUCUCAAAAUGGCUUAUGAUUUAAAACAUUUUGAUGGUAUUACAUAUGUAUAUGAUGUGUUAGCAAAUGGAGCAUUUAUGAAUAAGGAAUAUGAAAAGGCAAAAAAUCUAUUUACCACUGUCAUUAAACGGUUGUUUGAUCAGGGCGGCCUCGAAGAUGAUCUUAACGUUCUACACAUAAGUCUUAAGCUUUCUAAAAUUCACGAAUUUCAAAAAGAUUACAAAACUUCUGAAAUUGGUUAUUUGUUCUGUGUAGAACAUUUGGAGAAGAAGAUUAAAAUUGAUCCUGAAAAUGAAGACGUUUUAGGUUUAUAUUCUAUAACAUUAGACGCAUAUGCUCGUUUUUUAAUGAGCCAAGGACAAACUAAGAAAGCAAGAAUUUAUUUUAGAAAUGCAUAUAAUGCUAGUGUUAAGCUAAAUGGUGAAGUAUUUGAAAUGAAUGUAAUUUUGUUGAAUGAUCUGGGAACCCUAUACUAUGUUCAAGGAAAGUUAGAUAAGGCAUUACACUACUUCAGAAAGGCAGAAAAAAUUGGGCAACAUCUUCCUGACAUGGAAAACUUUUCAACAGUAUAUAUAAAUCUUGGUAAUAUUUACUUAAAACAAGGAUUGUUAAAAGAAGCAGAAAAAAAUUGCGUGGAAGGAAUGAAAAAUGCUAAAAGACAUCGUUAUGACGAGGGCAGAAAAGAAGCAGAAAUUUGUUUAGCUGAAAUAAAAACUGCUAUGAUGUGACUUACAUUAAGUGAAUUUAUUUUUGUUUUGUAGGCCAAAUAUCAAAUAUUUUAUUUCUUCAAAUCUAUAAUUAUGUUUUAUUGCUAUAAUUCUCAUAAUUUUCUACAGUAGAUAAAUGUUAGUAUGGAAUUAUUGUGUACAAGAAAUAAAUUGGAAGGUUAUUAGUUAUUUAAAAUUGUAAGUACAGUUCAAUGAUAUAACUAGAACUUUUUUAAUGUAUGUUUAUAUUUUAUUAUUAUUAUGAGUUUUAAUCAUUAUAUCGUUUUGUAUAAUUUACUCUCUUUACUGUCUGAUUAUUGAAUAUCUGAAUACGGUUUCUCUUAUUUAUUUUAAGUUUAAGUGUGUCGACAAUUGUGUAGAGUAACAAUUAAUUUUAUAGCAUCUUCUUAAACUAUCAUAUUUAAUUAGAUUUUAAUUAUAGUUUGUACAUCACUAGUCAAUUUAGUUUAAAUAUUAAUUUUUUUUCUGUCCAGUAAUAUAAUUACAAAGUAUGUGUACUAUUAUUUAUAUUUAUUUCUACAAUUUAUAACUUAUACAUAUGACACUUCUUUCUGGUAAACAACAGUACAAUGUAACAGACACUAGUUAUAGCGUAUACGCCUAUACGAUAGAUUAAUAAAUUGAUGGAUUUAUUUACUAAUUAACAUAAUUUCAUUGUUUGUUCUUACUUAAUACUUUAAUAUAAAAUAUUAGUUUUAAACUAUGUAUUGUAUCUAUAAAUGUAUUAUCCAGUUAUAAGAGUAAGACAAUAUUAUUAUAACUACAGAAAUGUCAAGUUUAUUUUUGAAACAUAUGUGUAUAUUGUUUACUUAUAUGGAUAGAACACUGCUGAAAUCUGAAUCGCUUAAAUACAAUGUAAUAAUUAAUAUCAUUCAAACUAAACAAUAUCAUAAACCAUUCAAUUAAAAGACUAUUUAAAAG